UGUGCAAACCGAGCGCACCCGCUGACAUCUUCCAAACAGUGUUGGUUUCUAGUAGCAACGCCUGCCAAACAGAAGAGAAGAAAGAUGGUCCUGAUCACAGAAGACAUGGUACGACGUCGGGCAGAGCAUAACAACUGCGAGAUCCUUUCCUUAGAGGAGGUGUCUUUGCAUCAACAAGAUAUUGAGAAAAUAGAACACAUUGAUAAGUGGUGCAGGGACCUCAAAAUUCUGUAUCUUCAAAACAAUCUCAUUCCCAGAAUAGAAAAUGUAUAUAGAUUGAAAAAGUUGGAGUAUCUAAACCUUGCUUUGAACAACGUUGAACUGAUCGAAAACCUGGAAGGAUGUGAGAGUCUCCAGAAGCUGGACCUGACAGUGAAUUUUGUGGGCCGGUUGAGCAGUGUGGAGUCAUUGAAGAACAACCUCCAUCUCCGAGAGCUUUUCCUGGUGGGGAACCCCUGCACUGAGUUUGAGGGCUACAGGCAAUACGUUGUGGCUUCACUGCCCCAACUGAAGUAUCUGGAUGGGAAAGAGAUUGGCAGGUCGGAAAGGAUCCGAGCCAGACAAGGCCUAGAUGAGGUAAGGAGGCGGAUUCGGCAGCAGGAGCAGGAUUACCUGCAGAAGAGAGCGAGUGAGAAAGAGGAGGCCCAGAGAGAGGGAGGAGAGGUGCAGCGGGGGCCGAAAAGGGAAAGCCGCUCCUCUGUUAAAGCGAAGAAUCCUGGCUUUGAUGGUCGCUGGUACACUGACAUCAACAACACCAUCCCUGUGCAUGAAGAAAACAAGGAGAUCCAAGGGAGAGAGGAGAAAGAGAAGACAAGCUGCCUUUCUUCAGAAGACCAGGAGAGGGAGUUUUGGGAGAAACCUUGUGCCUAUACUCCAGAGUCACGCCUGGAGACUCACCGCCACCUUGACGAGAAGAAAAAGGCAAAAGAAAGGAAGGCUGUGAAGACGCCCAAGGCCCCGAGGACUCUGAUCACACCCCAUGGACGGGUGAUGAAUGUCAAUGAACCCAAGCUGGAUUUCAAUCUCACAGAAGAUGGGGACAAUAACACCAUUGUCUUGGAUCUGGAAGUCUACAGGCAUAUGGACACUUCCCUGAUGGAUGUUGAUGUUCAACCAACGUACGCCCGAGUGACUGUCAAAGGAAAGAUUUUUCAGCUGGUGCUGCCCGCAGAAGUGAGGCCUGACAGCUCGACAGCGAAGAGGUCCCAAAUCACCGGCCACUUGGUCCUCACAAUGCCAAAGGCUCAGGGUGAAAUCAAAAUGACAACCCCUCAUCCUCCCAAAGUUUCUCAAAGCAGCAACACACCUGAAGAGAAGACAAGGAAAGGUAACAACCGGCAGAGGUUGGAGGUGGAUCCCAGUAAACACUCAGGGGUCGACUUGGCCAACAUUGUCCCACGAGAGAACAGGGCUGGAGAGCAGACCAUCUUUUAUGAUAACUUUGUGGACGACCCAGACGUUCCCCCUUUGAUGUGAGAGUGAAAAUCUAAAAUCGGUCUGACAAAUUUGUGAACACACAAAUCUUCAUAUCAUCUGACAUCAAUGUAAAAAAUAUUUAAUAGAGUAAAUGCAAGAUUUGUCUAUCCAGCAGAUCUCUUUGAAUGUUGUGCAAGUGAGAGAUGCUCAUAGAUGUCAGUACAGUAUAUCAUUGUGUAUUGUUAUGAUGGUCGUACAAGAAACCCUCCUGAACGUGUGUUUAGUUACUCUGUGGUCCAUUUUUAUUUGAACUGAGUUAUAUCCUUUCCUGUUUACAUUGGUGAUGUUCCCCACAUAAAAAAAUAAUAUAUAGUUUAGUACACACUGUAGUAUCUCUCGAUUUAUUUGUAGUACUUACUAUAGAAUAGUGUAGUAUACUGUAGAAUACUUUAAAUAAUACAGUAUUAUCUGCAUACAAAAAAACACUAUAGUAAAUACUACAUUAUUUAGUUUGUAUAUACCCUGCCCAUUCCCGUCCCCCAUAUCGCAAUUUGUGCCACCCAUGAGUAAGAAACCUACACACCAAGUAUUGUGUUCCAGACAGGUUGUAGAAAAGAGCAGAAGUGCUGUUCAGAGUCCAGUCUUACUUACAGGUUACAUGUUAUCAAAAAUGUUUUAUUAUUUCUCCAGUAGGUUUUCUAAAGGAGAAAGCCUCUACUUCUACAGUAUGUUAAAGAUAAAACAAAAACACUACAGUAAAUACUACAGUAUACUACAAUCUGCAAAAACAUGACAUUAAUUACUAUAGUAUAUACUACAGUUUUCUUUUACUACAGUAUUUAUACUAUAGUUAACUGGAAAUACUAUAGAAAACUACAGUAAAGUCAGCAAAAACACUAUAGUAAAUACUAUAUUA